UUGUCGCGGCGGUGGGGCUUAAGUGUGCACCCCGAUACCGUGGAGCAGCGUUGUCUGCACAGGGGUGCCGCGAACUAAGAAGACUGCACACGGUGUUCCCUUUUCCCACCUUUGCUGGACAAAGGGUGCGUGAAGCGGGAGAGGGCUCCCUUCUGGAGACCUCUUGGACGCUAGGCCAUGUCCCCGGCAGCUCUUUGGCUGCUAAAGGGGAAGGCCCUCCAGAGGAGGGUACCGGUACGCCGGCGUGGCCACGUCGUGGUCAGACGUGUGGGUCUGUCAGUAAUGGUAGACCCCACGUGGAUGAGAAGUGAACCGGAGGGCACUCCCUUCCGGUCGCUGGUUGCCAUGUCCCCGGCUGCCUCUUGGCGGCUACAGGGGAAGGCCCUCCAGAGGGGGGUACCGGAUUACCGGCGUGGCUUCGUAGAAGCAUACCGUAAUCCCUACCGAGUAGGGGACGGGGGCCGCUGCCUAGCAGGGGCCGCGAGGAUGUGUACCUCUAUAAAAAAUGCCCUAAUCUUAAGCCUGUGACGUGCCCGGUGAUGAGAUGAGUGGCUGGAGGGAGUCCAGUCGUAAGGGCCGUCCCAGGGGACCGACCCCUGGUUAAAUAACAAAGGACCAAAAAAAUGAUGGCACACUUUAAAACAAAAUUACCCCAGGAGGGUACCACCCUAGGUGGAGAAUCCCUCCGUGCUUCCACCUCGGUGGAAGCAUGCUGCCCCGCGUAUUCUGGGGGGGGCAAAGCAUGCCACGGUGAAGGGGGCUGUGCGACGGGCAGCGGAAAACCCGUCGAACCGAGGUGUGACAGCGCUGGCUCGACGCGCUCUGCGCUCGUCAGCGAAGGCGAGGCGGCUGGUCCGAAAGGGACAACCGCCAAGAAGAUGAGGCGGAAGAGGAAGUCUUGGCGAGCUUCCUCUCGUGAGGGGGUAGGGGAGCCAGCGUCAUCCUCUGGCGCAGAUGCCCCGCCGGAAAAGGUGUUGGUAAUCUCCGAUGCAGCCUCUGCUGCGGAGGAGAUGCCGCCCCCUAGAGGGAGACCCGCCCGGAAAAGGGGCGCGCCGUCACCGGCGCCAUCAUCAGUCUCAAUGUCUGUCGCCUCGUUGGAUGGGCAGACGACAGAGGAGGAAGAGAGCGGCCUUCAGGAUCCUGCCAUGGUCAUAGACAGGGCCAUGAAGACCGUGAAAUCAUACGCGGCCAAUGGCACCAAGACCAAAGUCGCUGGCCGUAAACUGCGAGAAGUGGUCUCGCAGGUCUCGAAAGUUCUGCCAUCAGUUGCUUCUGCCAAUGACCGGGUGGUACAGCUGAUGGCGGAGAAUUCGAGACUUCGAGCACAGCUCCAAGCUCGGCAACGGCCCGAUGAUGGAGCAGCGACGUCCUGGGUCGCUGGAGCCCCUCGGAGCUCCCGUCUCCCGGCGCUGACUGGUGAUCAGUGGCCUGUGCUGCCACCACCGCGUGCGGCACAGGAGCGUCCGCGUCUCCCGUCGCCGCGCUCUAGAGAGACGACCGCCGCCGAGCGGCAGCAAGCACUCGCGGGGCCACGGAUGCUGGCUCCGCCAGAACCGAAGGCCUUCAGCCUGGACGAGGUCAUCAACCGCACCGUCCAGGCUGUAGUAGAAAAGCUGGGCGGCAGGCUAGCGGCUCUCGAGGCGAGAGUGACUGCUUCGGCCGACGUUAGACAACCGGCGGUGUCGGGUGCUUUGGCCACCCGUUCCGCUCCCGUACGGGCUCCGGCCACCAGGUCGGGCCCGGGACGAGAUCGAACCAAACAAGGGGGUGGCGCUAACGCGAAGCCUCCAUCACAAGCACCCCAGUUCCGUCCGCUGCCUCCGCCCCCGUCAAACAUGGACGAGGGGUGGAACGUGGUGGCCCGGCGGGGUGCCAAAAAGGCUUCACUGGGAGCUCCCCAAAUGGGUAGAGCGUUAGUGGCCAUGGUGGCUCAGGCUGCACCCCAACAGGGUCGAGCACCUGUAGCCGUCAAGAAAAAGAAAAAAACUAAAAAAGGGAAGAAGUCGCCGCGGGCGCCGCGAUCAGCGGCAGUGGUUAUAACUUUACUGCCUGCCGCUGAGGCCAAGGGCAUGACAUAUAAUAAUGUGAUGGCCCGGGCGCGUGAAGCAAUCAACCUGGACGAGAUUGGGGCGGAGGAAGGCCUCCGCAGCAGGCAGACGGCCAAUGGGGCCAAGCUGUUAGAAUGUCCCGGUGCCGAUAGUCCCGGCAUCGCGGAGCGUCUGGCGGCGAAGCUCCGUAUGGUCUUGCCUGAGGAGGAGGUGCGGGUGCACAGGCCGGUAAAAAUGGCGGAAUUAAGAGUGACCGGCCUGGACGACUGCACCACCAGGGAUGAGGUGAGAGCAGCCAUCGCUACCCAGGGCAACUGUGCACCGGAGAAUGUGACCGUGGAGACGGCUGCCUCCCUGGCUGCUCCUCCGCCCGGGGGACCGUCGGGGAAUCCAGGCAGGCUGCGCGUGGGCUGGAUGGCGGCCCAUGUGCACUAG